UGCCCGUUCCCGACGUCGGACGGUACGCGCCGAGCGUGUCGUCUAUUGCCGACGACGUCGGGAAAAGGAAGAUAUUCUUGCUGAUAUCCGGGUCUCGAAAAAAUACGCACACAGUCGUUUGCCGGUCUGCGACCGUCGAAGAGCUGCCGUGUUCGAUGCACCUGUUUCCCGAAACGCCAGCAACGUCUUCGAGCAGACGACGUUCAGCGGGACCGUCGAAAUGACGACAGUCGGUACGCGUCGUGACUUCGUUAGAUACGGAGCUGCCGUGUUUGAUGCACCUCUUCCCCGAAACGCCAGCAACGUCUUCGAACAGACGACGUUCAGCGGGACUGUCGAAAUGACGAGAGUCGGCAUUCGUUAUAUACGGGGAACGGAUUAUCCGGGUAAGUAUUGCACGUGACUUCAACUAAUCACUACGUAUCUACACCGAAUUUACCGGCCCGUUCCUGACAUCGGACAGUAUGCACUCCCUGCAGCGGAGAGAAGUGCCGAUGUCUGUACAGGAUCUUUCGCACUGCCGAUAAUCUUACGUUAUCUUAAUUAAUAGCAAACGUCAUAGAUGUCAACGCACUUGAUAUGCCUUUAGUGAACUAACACCACGGCUAAUUAGUGACAGUAAACGGUUACUGACAAAACAUUACACUCUACUGUCGCCAAAACAUUACAGUCUACUAGCUGCGCAAUAUAGGAUUUCCAAGUGUAUACGCGACAUUUUGCGUCGUUUUUACAAUGCCUCCGAAGAGACGAAAGACAGUUUUUUCAUCGGCAGCUGCAGCCAGUCAAAAACGGAGACGUUUAGAAGAAGACGAAGUAGCGAGACGGCAACGUUUGGACUCCGGUAGAGAUAGAGUGGCGAGAGCGCGUGCUGAGCAAGGUGAGGCAGCUAGACAAUGGCGACUAGACAGCGACAGACACAGAAGCGCUACGGCUCGCGCGAACGAAAACGAGUUAGACAGACAGCGACGACUUCAGAUUAAUCGUGAUACCACUGCUAGAACUCGCGUAGAUGAACACAUUGUAGCCAGACAAGAACGAUUGGCCGCCGACCGCAACAGAACUGCUGCAGCGCGUGCAGCGGAAGAUGAGCUAGCCAGACAAGAGCGAUUGGCCGCCGACUGCAACAGAACUGCUGCAGCGCGUGCAGCGGAAGAUGAGCUAGCCAGACACGAGCGAUUGGCCUCCGACUGCAACAGAACUGCUGCAGCGCGUGCAGCGGAAGAUGAGCUAGCCAGACAAGAACGAUUGGCCGCCCACUGCAACAGAACUGCUGCAGCGCGUGCAGCGGAAGAUGAGCUAGCUAGACAGCGACGACUUCACAGUGAUCGAGAAAGACAUACUGCAACAAGAGUGCGACAGCAACCGAAUAUUCCACCAGCUCUGAACUAUGAUGCAGCACAACCUCCACUUCCGUGUUGUAUUGGCUCUAUGACAAACGUGUGUGUCAACUGCGGCGCUAUGAAGUGGAAAGGAGAAGCACCUGGCAUGUGUUGCAGUAGCGGAAAAGUGAAACUGGCAACUCUGCAAGAUCCACCGCUCUUGCUAAAAUCAUUGCUUCUAGGUGACUCAGAAACGUCUAGGCAUUUCCUUACAAAUAUUCGCAAGUACAAUUCAGCUUUUCAGAUGACAUCAAUGGGUUGCAAUGAAAUUAAGGAAACACAUGGAUGGAAUCCUUGCUUCAAAGUGCAAGGUCAAGUGUACCACCUCAUUGGAAGCCUGUGCCCUUUGCCUAAUGAAGAAUCCAAAUUUGCUCAAAUCUACUUUUUGGGUGAUGUGGAGAGAGAGAUACAAGUAAGACAAGGCAUUGUUCCUGGUUUGAGGAUAAAUAUCAUUGAGGGUUUACAAAACAUGCUUCAUGCCAUCAAUAGGUAUGUGCAGAGUUUUAAAUUAGCCAAAGACGUUCUCCGUGAAUAUGAUCAGCAGUACAAGGUUGUGAUUCAUGCUGACAAGAGGCCUCCUAGAGAACACAGAGGGCGGUUUAAUGCUCCAAUGUGUGAUGAGGUAGCUGUGCUUAUGGUCACAGAAGAACAUGGAAAGAGAGACAUUGUCCUUCGUAAGUCUGAUGGCAGCCUUACAAGAAUAGCUGAAACUCAUCGCAGCUAUGAUGCUUUGCAGUAUCCUCUCAUACUUCCACAUGGAGAUGAUGGAUACUAUUUUCCUGACCAACCAGUCCCAAACCAGUACAAAGUAUCUGCGAUGAAACAUUAUGCGUAUCGACUGAUGAUGCGAGGUGGUGCAGACUUUAACAUCUUGCUACGGUGUCAGAGACUGAUGCAACAAUAUGUUGUUGACAUGUACGCCAAAAUAGAGACCGAACGGCUGUGCUUCCUUCGGCGAGAGCAAACAAAACUUCGAGCUGAACAAUAUGGUGAGUUGAGAGAUGCACUUCUGGCAAGUGAUGGAGAUCCAACAAACAUCGGUAAGACGGUGAUCUUGCCUAGCUCCUAUACUGGAGGACCACGGUACAUGCAUGAACGUACACAGGAUGCCAUGUGCUAUGUUAGAAAGUUUGGUAGGCCUUCUCUUUUUAUCACAAUGACGUGCAAUCCCGGCUGGAAAGAAAUCACUGAUGAACUGCUGCCCAUGCAGACAGCACAACAUCGUCCAGACCUAAUUGCACGUGUCUUUAACCUAAAAAGAAAGGAACUCAUCAAACAGUUGACCAAGCACUGCAUCUUCGGCAAGACUAUUGCAUACCUGUGUUCCAUUGAAUGGCAGAAACGUGGUCUGCCACAUGCUCAUAUUUUAGUUUGGUUACCUGCAGAGCACAGCAUUCAUGCUGAUGACAUCGAUGCCGCUAUUUCCGCUGAGUUGCCUGACCCUAACUCUGACAAGGUGCUGUUUGAUAUAGUCAUGACAAACAUGAUUCAUGGCCCUUGCGGUCGCAUGGACAAGCACUCACCCUGCAUGCGAGAUGGAGCAUGCACGAAACGUUACCCGAAAGAGUUUAAAAGUGAUACUCAGAGCGGCCAUGAUGGUUAUCCAUUAUAUCGACGACGUAAACCCGAUGAUUGUGGCCAUCAAGGAAUAAAGAAGAUCAAAGGUAACGAUGUCUGUAUAGACAAUCGAUGGGUAGUACCUUACUCUCCCUACCUCUGCCGAAUGUUUGCCUGUCAUAUCAACGUAGAGCUUUGUACAAGUGUCAAGUCUAUCAAGUAUGUCCUAAAGUAUGUCAACAAGGGCAGGGACAUGGCAGUUUUUUCGCUAGAAAAAUCCCAACCUAUCGAUGAAAUAGAUCUGUACCAGACAGCAAGAUACGUCAGUUGCAGUGAAGCUUGCUGGAGAAUACUGAACUUUACCAUUCACGAUCGUCAUCCAGCAGUGACAAACCUUCAUGUCCACCUACUAAAUGGGCAGAGGGUUGUUUACAAUGAUCAAAAUGCUGUUGCUCUUGCUCAACGUCCACCUAAAACCACGUUGACAGCUUUUUUUGAUCUCUGCGCUCGGUAUCGUCCAGAUCUUGACCAGCUUGCUACGCCCGACCAGAGGUUUGUUCAAAAUUUGCUUUAUGUAAAUGUGCCCGAGUACUUUACAUUUCAUUCAGGCACCAAAACGUGGAACCCUCGAAGGCUUGGCACAGCUGUUUACAGUGAUGGUCAAAUAACUUCAUUUAAAAAAAGUGAGGUCAUUGGUCGAGUGUACGCCGUGCAUCCUAAGCAACAGGAAUGCUUCUUUUUACGCCUUCUGCUUCACCAUAAGCGGGGACCUUGCUCUUUUGAUGACUUGCUUACGAUUGAUGCACGAAAGUGCCAGACUUUUCGCGAAGCAUGUAACUGCAUGGGUUUGUUGGAAGAAGACUUGCAUUGGGCCAUGGCCAUGCAAGAGGCAGCCAUGCGAGCCGGAGCAUCUACACUACGUGCUCUGUUUGCUGUUAUAUUGACCACGUGUGAUGUUGCUGACCCUCUUGCCAUAUGGUCUGCAUAUCGAAAUGAUAUGACUGAUGACAUACUGCAUCAGUGUAGGAGGGAAGCUCGACAGCCUGACAUGGACUAUAGUGAUGAUAUGUACAACGAGUGUCUCUUUCGACUACAGGAAUUAGUACAGCAGAUGAGUGGACAGAAACUUGAAGAGUACGGACUGCCGCCUGUAAACAGGGGACAUGAAGACAGACUGACAGUUGACCUACUUAGAGAAAAAUCUUAUGACAGAGAAGCACUGCAACAAUUUGUAGACGAAAAUGAAACGAAUUUGACGAUUGACCAACGCAACAUUGACCUUCGCAUUACAGAUAUGGUGGACCAUGGGCAAGGAGGGAUUAUUUUUAUUGAUGCCCCAGGUGGCACAGGUAAAACCUACCUGAUUAACCUUUCCCUGGCACGCCUCAGAUCAAGAGGAUUUGUCGCCCUUGCUGUCGCCAGCAGUGGCAUUGCGGCACAGCUACUAUCAAAUGGGAAGACAGCACAUUCAACAUUCAAGAUACCGCUUAAUCUCAUGACCACAGACCUUCCUAUGUGCAACCUCAAGCGAGGUUCAUCAAAGGCUACACUCCUACAGGAAUGUGCCGUUAUAUUUUGGGACGAGGCAACCAUGGCUAACAAACUGGCUUUUGAGGCCUUAGAUCGCACAUUACAAGACCUAAGGCAGUCCUCAAGACCAUUUGGCGGUAUCUUAGUUGUCCUGUCUGGGGACUUUCGUCAGACAUUACCAGUCAUUCGAGGAGGUACACGUGCCAAUGAAAUUGAUGCCUGCAUCAAGUCAUCACAUUUAUGGCAACACGUAGAAACACAUUCUUUGACAACUAACAUGAGAGCUUAUCUCUACGGUGACGCCAACGCUGCUGAGUUUGCAAGUCUCUUGCUGCGAAAGAUCUUGGCACAGUUACCGACUCUCCUCAGACCUUGA